AGCCCUUCUUCAUUUCCCAUGUGCCCAUUUAUGAAACUGCACGCUGGGCAUUGGCAGACUUUUUGGUGCUGCGUUAAUAACCUCUGCUUCUGUUCUUUGUUCCAGGGAUUUGUUAAAGUUGUGAAAAAUAAGGCAUAUUUCAAGAGGUACCAAGUAAAAUUCAGGAGAAGGAGAGAGGGAAAGACAGACUAUUAUGCUCGUAAGCGUUUGGUGAUUCAAGAUAAAAACAAGUACAACACCCCUAAAUACAGGAUGAUAGUGCGUGUCACCAACAGAGAUAUCAUUUGCCAGAUUGCAUAUGCCAGGAUUGAAGGCGACAUGAUUGUCUGUGCUGCUUAUGCUCAUGAGCUGCCAAAGUAUGGUGUGAAGGUUGGCCUGACCAAUUAUGCUGCAGCCUAUUGUACAGGCUUGCUGUUGGCACGGAGGCUUCUGAAUAAAUUUGGCCUUGAUAAGGUUUAUGAAGGCCAAAUUGAAGUGACUGGUGAUGAAUACAAUGUGGAAAGUGUGGAUGGACAGCCUGGUGCCUUUACAUGCUACCUGGAUGCAGGGCUUGCAAGAACUACCACUGGAAACAAAGUCUUUGGUGCUCUAAAGGGUGCAGUGGAUGGUGGUCUAUCCAUUCCUCAUAGUACCAAGCGUUUCCCUGGCUAUGACUCGGAAAGCAAAGAAUUCAACGCAGAGGUUCAUCGUAAGCACAUCAUGGGCCAAAAUGUUGCAGAUUACAUGCGCUACCUGAUGGAGGAAGAUGAAGAUGCUUAUAAAAAACAGUUCUCCCAGUACAUAAAGAACAAUGUUACACCUGACGCGAUGGAAGAAAUGUAUAAAAAAGCCCACGCUGGUAUACGGGAGAAUCCAGUUCAUGAAAAGAAACCAAAGAGAGAAGUCAAGAAAAAGAGGUGGAACCGUCCUAAGAUGUCCCUUGCGCAAAAGAAAGAUCGCGUUGCUCAGAAGAAGGCAAGCUUCCUCAGAGCCCAGGAGCAUGCGGCUGAUAGCUAAGAUGCCUUCCACAAUUUUCUAUCAAGCCUCUGGGAAAAAAUAAAUUUAUUGAAGAAGCUAACUAUGUA